CAGAUUUCUGUUCACAACAGAGCCUUGUAAUUACUUGCAGGCGUGUGUGUGUUGAACAAACUAUACAUAUUACUUUGGUAGCUAGUUAGGAUUUUGGUCGUACAUUAAGGUAAUCCACUGAGUUACAUAUAGCAAACAAUACUAUCUUAACAUUUAUCUUAAAAUAUUCUGAAAACGAACUAGUUAAGAGAACAUCAAGUUCCUUGGUACCCAGGUAGUCACGUGUAGUUACCAAGCUUUUCGCAAAAAUGAAAAUUAUGGUAAGACCUAACAUUCUUCUGACAGGCACUCCAGGAGUGGGGAAGACCACCCUUGGAAAAGAGCUCGCCCAGCGAACAGGACUGGCCUACGUCAACGUGGGCGAUCUGGCUAAAGAAGGCCAGCUGUUUGAUGGUUUUGAUGAAGAGUAUCAGUGUCCGGUGCUGGAUGAGGACAGGGUGGUGGAUGAGCUGGAGGACAAGAUGUCGGAUGGAGGGGUGAUCGUGGACUACCACGGCUGUGACUUCUUCCCAGAGCGCUGGUUCCACAUCGUAUUUGUGCUCCGCACUGACAACACUAACCUCUACAGCCGUCUAGAGAGCAGGGGCUACACAGGGAAGAAGCUGCAGGACAACGUGCAGUGUGAGAUCUUCCAGAGCAUCUACGAGGAGGCCAUGGAGGCCUACGACCAGGAGAUUGUCCACCAGCUGCCAAGCAACGAUCCUGAGGACAUGGAGCGUAACCUGGAGAAGAUCACACAGUGGGUUGAACAAUGGAUGAAGGACCACAACUAGACCUGGAGAUGUACACCUGCAGAUAACAUCUAGACCUGGAGGAGAUGCCACAGGAACAACCCUGAUGUUAUGAAGGGGGAACAUACACACACGGGUUAAAGUGUUAUCUUAUCUGGUGUAAAGACUGGCGUACAGGCAUUUCUGUUAAAACACACAGAGUAGGCAUGACUAACAAGCAUUUACUAAUUAAUUACAGUAGUAAAGAUGCAUAUGACUAAAUGUAAAUAUGACUUCCUGAAUGCAAUGAGGUCAUUGCUUCUGUUGUUGUAAUCACUUCCUGUAUUGCCUCAGUUGUAAACGGGGAGUGAGAAGGUAGUUGAGGUCUGAACCUUUUCUACAUGUAACAGUCAUGGUAUAGCUACAUCCGUAUACAGACAAACAUUAUUUGGUUAAAAUGUUUUGCAGUUGCAAACACAAAUCCACUUCUAGAAGGUUAUUUCUUCUAAUGUAGAACACAUCGUACUCAUUCUUCUUUAGACAUUUAAAAUAUCACUAUUCAUCAUGAUGCGUCAGUAUAAGGGCGUCAGUUUAAGGGGGUAUUGUUGGUUACAGUUGGGAGAUAUUUCAGUGAAAUGCUGAGUAAGUAGUUUUGUAUAGUAGAACUGUAUACAAUGAUUAAGGUAAGAACUUCACAAUUAAGAAUGAAAUAAAAGAGAUCUGUUGCUUUGCAAUUUGUUUUUGGU